UUACAAAUAAAGAAGUGUUAGCAGCCAGGAUGUCUAUGGACCAGAAAUGUUACUGUCGAGGUGAUGAGAUCACCAGUUUAGAACUGAACAGGCCAGAACACCUGAUGCCCAUGAUGAGACCUUUUUCAAUGAGCUUUAACAAGAUGCCCCUCCAGCUGACCAAGCCCGCCCCUCAGUUCAAGACCACCGCGGUGGUCAACGGCGAGUUCAAGGACAUCGCUUUGUCCGACUACAAAGGCAAAUACGUAGUCCUUUUCUUCUAUCCCCUGGAUUUCACUUUCGUGUGCCCUACUGAGAUCAUCGCGUUCUCGGAGCACGCUGAUGAUUUCCGUAAGAUUGGGUGCGAAGUGAUCGCCGCCUCCACCGACUCCCACUUCACGCACUUGGCUUGGAUCAACACGCCACGCAAGCAAGGAGGUCUUGGACCGAUGAACAUCCCAAUAAUCAGCGACAAGACGCACCGCAUCGCGCGCGACUACGGCGUGUUGAACGAGGAGACCGGCAUCCCUUUCCGCGGGCUCUUCAUCAUCGACGACCGCCAGAACCUCCGCCAGAUCACCGUCAACGACCUGCCCGUCGGACGGUCCGUGGAGGAGACUCUUCGCCUUGUCCAAGCCUUCCAGUUCACGGACAAGCACGGCGAAGUGUGCCCGGCCAACUGGAAGCCCGGCUCUAAGACCAUCAAGCCGGACACCAAGGCUGCACAGGAGUACUUCGUAGACGCCAACUAAAAUUACCGUCUCUACCGCUGUGCUGCUAAUAAAACCGUUUAGAUGAUCUAUAGAUAGAAUAUGUACAUGUAAAAUGUCAUCAAAAUCGAAAUCUAGGCGUGUGAUUAACCUGUUAUGAGAUGGCGGAAUAAGCGCGUUAAGCCAUUUUUAUUUAGAAUCUUGGCUUUUUUAUUAGUAGUUAUUUUUUACCUACUACGUUUCGAGCGAUAAUUUGCAAUUAUGAACGGUCGUGUAGUAACAAACUUCUACAGUUAGCAGCACUCUCUGGUCUUAAUGAGAGCAGUUUUCGAUUUUGUAUGUUAUUAAAUUUUAAGUGGGGAUAUGGUAGUUGACAGCGGUUACGUGAAUCUCUCAGCAGUGAUUCUUUUUUUUCUUUAGGCAAAAUCUGCAAGCUUUUCACUGCUCAAAAUCUAAAUAAUUAUGAUUAACGGGGAGCCUUUAUUUUGAACCCUUAUUCAUACCACAAUGAUGCAAAUUGGUUAGUAGUCGCAAUAAUGUCAUUCACAUAUCAUCAACAAGUAAAUGUAUCCUAGGACAGUCUUGGUAGUGCAAAUAGCAUUGUAGUUAACACAUCAGUAUUUACAGAGAUCCUUUCUAUAUGUUAAUAGAAUCACUCGAGGCUGUUAUAAAUAAACUGUGCUGUGCUAAAUAUAA